CCAUUGAACUAUAUACUAACUGGAAUGAGCACUGCUAUUGUUCUCGGGUCACGUGACCCGUUUAGAAAGAGAGGGUGAAAGCAGGGUAUAGCUGUCCUUUUCCAACCAUGUAAGAUAGGUUAACCAUGGCUGCGCAGUGAAUCCAGUGAAUCUCGGAAUGCAAUUGGAUAGGUAGCAUGUAGCAUAGGUUAAAUCAUAGGUUAUAGAUACUAGGUUUAGUUACAAUGGUAAAGAAUUGUAGUGUUACAGGCUGUAAAAAUACGUGGCAGCCAAAUAGUAAUAUCACGUACCAUGCAUUUCCUUUACAAGACGAAAAGAGACUCGCACAAUGGAUAUCUGUUACACAGUUGAAGAAUAUAAAAAUAACAUGCACAAAAUAUAUUUGUAGUGCACAUUUUACGACGCAAUCUUUUGAAGAGCACUGUGCAAUAAAAAGAUUAAAAAAGGAUGCAGUUCCUUCUAUUUUUAAAGAUACUUUUCAAGCAAUAGAUAAUGUUCCAAGAAGAGAAGAUACAUUACACGAUUUUCAUAAUGUGCCUGAAAUAUCAAUGGAUGUUCUUAAUCAGGAUAUGAAUGUAGAAACAAGUACAGUUACUGAAAAAAGGACAGUUUCUGUUCAGACACCAGUAAAAUAUUUGCAAGACUGCGAAGAGGUAUUGAGGUUACGUCGAGAAGUGCAAUUACUACAACAAAAAUUGAAACGAAGAGAUACACGAAUUGUCAACACGCAACAGUUAAUUUCGCAACAGAAGGAUAAUUAUGCAGAUCAUCUUCAAAAAUUAUGCCGCAACGCUUUUGCAGAAAUACCUUUAAUUUCUCCAAAAGGUCAAAUUUUAUUUGACUUUAUUAAAGAAUUGCAUGAACUGCAAGAAAAGGAAGAUUUGAAAAUGGCAACAUCAUUAUCGAAUAUGCAUGUGAAUUUUUCCCAAAAAAAGAUGAAUGUUGCUUUGGCUGUUCAAACACUUAGUUCAUCAGUAGCAGAUGCGAUAGAUUUUUUAAGAUUAAAUGGUUAUACCAAAUUUUCCAAUAGCGAAGCAACUACAGAGUUUAUAAGAAUAUUUGACAGAUUGUUUGACAUUAUGAAUUCGCGUAAUCCAUUUGCUACUGGUUUCAAAAGUCCAAUGCGUUUACAUAACAUGCAGUAUUAUCAAACCGUGUUCCUGGAAAGCGAACGGUACAUUCAACAAUUAAGGGCUGGUACUGAUAAUUCGAAUAUUUUAAAUCAUCGUAGAAAAACAUUUGCGUUAGGUUUCUUGAUUAACAUGAAAAGCUUGACAAAUUUAGCCUCUGAUUUACUUACUAACAGUACACUUCUCCUAUCAUAUUUUUUGACGUACAAAUGUUCACAAGACCAUAUCGAACUGUUCUUCUCAUGUAUUAGAUCUCGUGGAGGUUGGAAUAAUAACCCUAAUGCGCUUCAAUUUAAAUGGGCUUUAAGAAAACUAUUAUUUCGCAAUAAUGUACAACCGUCUAUAAAUGCUAAUUGUAUAGGUGAUACAUCUGAAAUACUAUCUGUAUUUGAAUAUCGCACAAGCAGACGUUCUAUGUUACAUAACACUAAUGAUAGUACAGAUGACGACAAUAGUGAUAUCCAAAAAAUAAUGAGUUUAGUAGAUGACAUUGCCCUUUCAUCACUUCAGGAUAAUAUUAUAUAUUACAUAGGUGGAUUUAUAAUUCGUAAACUGUUGAAGAAAUUAACUUGCGAGCAUUGUCACAAUAUUUUAUUAACAAGUCAAGAUUCAAAUAGUAAAGAAAGGCUUGUUGAUAUUAACCAGUAUGCUGCUUUUACAUCAUUUAUUAACAGAGGUGGGUUACUGUUUCCUUCAUAUGGUGUUCAUAAAAUAUUAAAAUACACUGAAAGAGUUUUCAAAGUAGAAAUUCAAUGUGGUUUUAUGGGAAAAAAGAAUUUUAAAGAUAAAAUUGUGCGCAUUGUUCUUCAAACAUUUGUAUCAUCAUUAGAACAAUUAUUCCAGCCAUCACAUCCGAUAAUAGACAUGGAUGUUUGCGAAGCUUGCACGAAAUACAAAUGAUAAAAAGUUUAAGCACUAUUUAUACUAAUAUUCGUACUGCAACGCAUGCUAAGAAAACAACUUUGCGAAUGUUAGCAGAUCGGUCCACUAUCAGACAAAAAUUACAUAACAUGAUUCUUUUUUAUCAUGUUUAAUUUUAUUUCUCACUUAAUAUUUGUCUUUUGCGUGCAAUACUAUGUGAUAUUAUAUGUAUAUGUGAUUCAUAUGUGAUGUAUGUAAUCUAUAUGUGAUAUAUAUGUGAUUACUAUUAAUACUAAUAAUGUUGCGUUUAGGUUUUAAGUUUUUAAGUUGCUUUUCUGUAUAGUUUUUGCAUCACCUAUAUUAUGUUAUUUAAUUUUAUUACAUUAUACGUUAUCGUAUAAUACUGCACUAUUUAUUAUUUAUAAUAAUUGCAAUAAAUGCAUGAUUAGACGAUAAGAAUGUUAACCAAA